GUGAAAUAAUGACUAAAAUGCGUCCAAGUUAACAUAUUUGAUUACUAAACUAUACAAAAUAAAAGUUUCAAAAACUAAAAAAGAAAACAAAAUUCUAGUUUCUAAAUCAAAUUGUAUAUUUAAUCAUUACUAAUUAGACGGAUAAGAUGAUCACAUAUAUUUCGUGGGAAUGAUUUUAUCAGUGUGCCAAAGAUAGAAAUAGAGAAACUAAUGCAUGACAGAAGAUAAUUGUAUGUAGUAAAUGCUUGGACCUCAAGACAAAGAUGAAAAUUGAAGAGCUUAUCAAAUUACACAGUUAUGGAAGAUUUUGAUUCGUUCUGGAGCAAUAUGAAAUUUCAGCCACAAAUUUGAUGACCCAAGGGACCACCACUUUGUUGAUUCCCAAAUCCUAGUGUCCUAACACGUCACUCCAAAAUGCUAGUGGUUUGUACUUAGUCUUUUUCAGUAAUUACAUUAAUAGCCAUUCAUAGUUAUUUUCCCCCCUAAAAGAUCUGUACUGUAAUCAAUCCUUCACUCAUAGAAUACACAAAAGUUCCGUACAUGUAAGCAUAAAUCAUCCCUGCUAUACUAAAUAUCAUUUUUUUAUAUUAUUUAUUUGAUCAACAUAGUAUAAAUUUAAUAAAACAAUUAACAUUGAAAUAAACAUGAAUUUAUAUUCAUUCAAGCAUGUUAAUAUAAAAAAGACAAAUAGAGAAAAUGACCAAUGUAUGUACAUAUCACUAUUAACAAAUUCCCACGAUUGCAUGAAUUGGAUUGAUCAUUUAAUUCUUUUAUAAGCAGACACGAGAUUGAAAUGAUAGAAAAAUGAUUUGCAAACAUCAUGAUGUAGGUAAAAUAGUACUAUCAUCAUGUAAUAAAAGGAUAGAAGAAACUGAAUUGUCAUAAAUAAAAAAUAUGCUGUCGAACACGAUGAUUGGCGAAUUAAAUUCCACACCCGUCUCAAUUAUGCUCCAAAAAACCAAUGUCCAAAACCAUUAGCAUCCUCCAUUUUACAGUUACUAUUGGCAUUUGAUAACACCCCGAAGCUAUGUUUAAUGUAUAGCUGUCCAUUAAACCACGAGAAACCAAAAAGAUUCACGUGAAUUAUUCUAUGUUCCAUGUGCAUAAUAAAUGUUUAAUUUAGGACACACAAAUUGGUAUGUUAACCAACAAAGUAUUAAUAUAUUACUAAUCCUUAUUAAAUAUAUAUUGGAUUUACUUACUAACAAUUAUUGAAUUCUUAUAUUUAAAUCGUAAAUUUGUAUAAGCAUCAUCCCCUGUGUCAAAAUAUAUAAAAUUGGUAGAGAAAUAGCAAGAAAUGCACGUGAACCUUGUAUACAAAGUUCGAGGACCUCAGUGUCUUUUGUAGCUGAAUCCCUUCGAACCACUCAUUGUUUCACUGUCUGCAGCUGAGGCCAAAACCAUUGAUUUAAAAAAGAAUAUACAACAGAGAGGAAGAGAACCAAAUGGGUAUGGGAAUUAGAAGAGAGUGCUAGAAACAACAGAGAGAAACACAUAGAAAAAGAGGCAUAGCAACCUAUUCAUAUGAAGAUGCAAGGCUGUGAGGUUGAGGCCAUUGGCAUAAACUACAAGAUCCACACACACAAAACGGAGCACCCUUUUAAAAUCUUCAGCAAAUCUGCACAACUUGACACCAAAGAAGAUGGUCUAGAAUCAGGAGAGAGAGCAAAAGCUGAACAAAGUUGCAGUGGAGUUAGGCAUGUGCUGAAGAAUGUGAGUUGCCAAGCCAAGCCAUGGGAGAUCCUAGCAAUUGUUGGGCCAAGUGGAGCUGGGAAAUCAUCAUUGCUUGAGAUUCUUGCUGGUAAACACAGUCCUCAAAGUGGAUCAGUGUUGGUGAACCACAAGCCUGUGAAUAAAACUCAGUUCAGAAAGCUCUCAGGGUAUGUUACACAAAAGGAUACUUUGUUUCCUUUACUUACAGUUGAAGAAACCCUGAUGUUUAGUGCACAGCUAAGGCUAAAGCUUUGUCAAGAACAGCUUUGCUCAAGGGUCAAGUCACUGAUUCAAGAGCUUGGACUUGAUCAUGUUGCUGGCACUAGAAUUGGUGAUGAACGGGUCAGAGGUAUAUCUGGUGGUGAGAGGCGCAGGGUCUCUAUUGGUGUUGAAGUCAUACAUGAUCCUAAAGUGCUGAUUCUUGAUGAGCCAACUUCAGGUCUUGAUAGUACUUCUGCCUUACAAAUAAUUGAUAUGCUUAAGGUCAUGGCAGACACUAGGGGAAGAACUAUAAUUCUUAGUAUCCAUCAACCUGGGUUCAGAAUAGUGAAGCUGUUCAAUUCAUUGUUGUUGUUGGCCAAUGGCUGUGUGUUGCAUCAUGGAACUGCGGAUUUGCUGGGUGUGAAUCUAAGAUUAAUGGGUUUAGAGCUUCCCCUUCAUGUUAAUGUAGUUGAAUUUGCCAUUGAGUCCAUUGAUACCAUUCAGCAACACCAGAAAUGUGUGCCAGUUCAGGUAGAAACACCAAGGCAAUUGCCAGGGACAAUGCAACCGAAGAAAGGUGAGGAUGAAACAGGUGAGGGUAGGAGUGGUAAGUUCACUUUGCAACAGCUCUUUCAGCAAUCCAAGGUAAUUGAUGAGGAAAUCAUCAAUGCUGGAAUGGAUUUCACUUGUGAUUUUGCUAAUUCUAGAUUGAGAGAAACUAUGAUCCUCGCUCAUAGGUUCUCCAAAAACAUAUUUCGUACAAAAGAGCUAUUUGCAUGCAGGACAAUUCAGAUGCUGGUUUCUGGCCUGGUUUUGGGGUCCAUCUUUUGCAACCUCAAGGAUGAUCUAGUUGGAACAGUAGAAAGGGUAGGACUAUUUGCUUUCAUAUUAACGUUUUUGUUAUCAAGCAGCAUAGAAGCUCUACCAAUUUUUCUGCAAGAAAGGGAGAUUCUAAUGAAGGAAACAUCUUGUGGAAGCUACCGUAUAUCAUCCUAUGCUAUUGCCAAUGGCCUAGUAUACUUGCCAUUUCUUCUUAUCCUGGCCAUUUUGUUCACAAUGCCCUUAUACUGGCUUGUUGGGCUCAACCGGAAUUUCUUGGCAUUUUUGCACUUUUUGUUGCUGAUAUGGCUGAUUCUAUAUACAGCCAAUUCAGUUGUGGUGUGUUUCAGUGCUUUGGUGCCUAAUUUCAUUGUUGGAAAUUCAGUGAUUGCUGGUGUUAUAGGGUCGUUCUUCUUGUUUUCUGGAUACUUCAUAUCAAAGCAGGAGAUUCCAAAUUACUGGAUAUUCAUGCAUUAUAUAUCACUGUUUAAGUAUCCGUUUGAAGGGUUCCUGAUCAAUGAGUUCUCCAACUCGGGAAAGUGCUUGGAGUACUUGUUUGGGGCAUGUGUGAAGAGCGGAGAGGAUGUGCUUAAAGAAGAAGGUUUUGGGGGUGAGAGUAGUAGAUGGAAGAAUGUUGGGGUCACGGUUUGCUUCAUCUUGCUUUACAGGUUCAUUUCUUAUGUUAUUCUUAGAUACAGAUGCAGGGCUGUCACCGACUAGAGCCUAUGGUGACUCUCUCUCUCUCUGGUUCACAUGUCUUGGAUUUUACUUCUGAUAGCAACCAAUGAAGAUAUUAUCAACAAAAAAAGUAUAAAGAAUUAUAGGUUCGGUCAUUGCCAACAAAUUGUACUAACACGAUAUUAUGUUGGUUUUUGCUUUACAUGAUUACUUAAUUCACACCAUUGUCUUUCUCGACCAUAUCUAGAUUCCUUAUUUCUUCAUAAUUUUCCAUGUCCUAAUCAACUAGCUUACUUCUGAAAAUGAACAAUGAACAUGGAAUUAUGCUAAAACUUUUGAACUUCACGCCAGGCUUGCUUAGCAGGUCUAAUUUCAAUUAGAACUCUAUAACCAGGUAUAAAGAAACAGAGUAUUUUGUGGGAGCAAAGUAAUUGAGUAUUAAAAUCAGUACAACGCAAAACAAUUGAUAAACACAGAAUUAUCCUCUGCUUAUGAAUCCCAUAUUCCCUAUCAUUAUUUGUAAAUUAAGUAAAAUCCGCACGAAGAGUGCUACUAAUGUUCUCUAGCAUACCCAUUCUAAUGUAUUAUUUGUUUAGAAACACAAAAUUAUGAGGCGAAAACAUAAUUUUAGUUAAAAAAAAUGUGUUAAACAAAAUAUUAUUAACAUUUCUCAAUUAGUGAAUGUUUAUGCCCAAGUGCCCUAAUGAUCCCGAGAUGCAUCCAUUCUGUAAAUUAGUAGCACUCAACUUAUUGUUCUGGUUUGAC